AUGACAGUUGAUUUAGAAUUAAAAUGGAAGAGUAUUCCAAUGAACUAUAAGGAGCUAACAUUAGCAAAUGUUUUGAAGUCGGGACAAGCUUUUAGAUGGAACUAUGAUAGUGUUGAUAAAAUUUGGAGUUGUUCAUUUGAUGAUCGAGUAAUAUUUCUUAAGCAAGAUGAACUGAAUUUGCAUUAUUCAGAUUUAUUUCCCAAUGGUAACGAUGAUAAUGAAAACAAAACUACAAAAAAUAAGUCUACAGAGCAAUUUAUAAUUGAUUAUUUCAAUUUAAAAUUGAAAAAUAAUGUUAAAUUAAGUGAGUUGUAUGAAAGUUGGUCAAAAAUUGAUGAUCAUUUUAAUGAAAAAAUAGUCAAUACUGUUAAUAAAGCAAAAAUACGAAAUUAUUUUGGUAUUAGAAUAUUAAGACAAGACCCAUGGGAAAAUUUAAUUUCUUUCAUUUGUUCUUCAAAUAAUAAUAUAAAAAGAAUUUCAAAAAUGAUUGGGUCAUUGUGUGAAAAUUUUGGGAAAUUUAUAAUUAAAUUUAAAAAUAUUGAUUAUUUUUCAUUUCCUUCACCAAAAGAAAUUUUGGAAAAAUUUGAUUUCAAAGUGAUUAACUUAAUAAACUUUUUAAAUGAUUUAAAAUUUGGUUAUCGUUCGAAGUUUAUUGCAAAUACAACUGAUAUGAUUUAUAAUAGGAAUGGUAAUAAAAACGAUGAAAACAAUGCAAGUUGUUUGAGUGAUUUGUACAAUUUGAGAAAUUUAUCAUACGAGGAGUCUCUCGAUUAUCUUUUAAAAUUGAAUGGAGUUGGUAGGAAAGUAGCAGACUGUGUUUGCUUAAUGAGUCUUGAUAAACACUACACUGUGCCAGUUGAUACUCAUAUUUUGAACAUAACAAAAAAGUACUAUUUAACCAAUAAGCACAUCAAGAACGAAGAUAAUAAACAUAUAAAAAGUGUUAGAUUAAAACUAGCUGGUACCAAUUUGAAUAAGUCAAAUUACGAUAAAAUAUCCAAGUUCUACAUUGAUCUUUGGGGAGAAUAUGCUGGAUGGGCUCAGGCUGUUUUAUUCACUGCAAACAUCAACAUGGAGGAUUUUGAAAACAGUGCUGCCUCUGUAGUCCCUGCUACUGUGAAAAAGAAGUUUCCGGGCACCAAAGACACCACAAGCACCACAAGCACCACAGGCAGCAGAAACACCAAAAACAGCAAAAGAAGAAUUUUGCUCAAAAACCUCCAGCUCCCUAAGAAACCAAAAAUCGAAACCACUGCUGAUCUUGUUCCAUUAGCGUAA